AGAAGGGGUAUGUCAAAGGAAAUAGAUCAGUAUUGGAGAUUCAUUGUGAAAUAUUACUAAUUUUCGGAGUUUUGAAGUCUCUCGUAUGACGUGGCGAUAACAAAGACAACAAACGCAUCGUUAAAUCGUAUAAUCGGUAUUACGAUACACUGACCGACACUGACGUGACUCUCGCUUGUGAUUUGAGACGUAUAGUUCUAUAAAUAGAGAACAGACAUCACGCGCGCGAGGGCGCACGCAAAGCAUCCCAUCAGGUGGCCGCGGACGAUAUCCUGGAUUCACAAAAUUCGUCUCUGAACACACAGCUUAGUACAUUUUAAAUGACAAAUACUAUGGGUGGAACGCACUUAUAUACGCCACAGUCCAUCUUACAACAGAUGAUGAACCAACAGAAUCUACAGCAGCAACAGAACCUACAGCAGAUUGAGCCAUGGAUGCAAACGCCGCAAGUACCACCAAUAAGUAUUCCCUGGAGUGUACCUGGAUUGCAUCAAUCAGAAUUAGUUAGGUUCACUGGAGAGACCAGCUCUGGGCCAAUACUUCAUCAGAAAAGAAAAUUAGAAACAUCAGAUGUUGUAGAUACGUGUCAUACAAAGCAGUUUAUAACGGAAGAAAAAAUAGCUGCACAUUUCAAAGGUCUGCACAUUAGUCCUAAUUAUGAAUUCAAGAAUCCAGUGCCAUCAACUUCCACUGUUCAAACGUCAUCUUCCUGUUAUAAGUCAUUAAAUAUUGAUUUGAAUGUUGAUGUGACAGAUACAUUAAAUACUGAACAAACGAGCGAGCUACAUCCAAGAUUAGUGCUUUCAGAGGAACUCAAGCGAAUGCAAGAGGAGCCUAUUUUGCCAUCAACUCUUAUAUCUAAAUUAGAGAGGCCUUCUAUGGCUCUAGUUCUUUGGGAACCACCAAAUAGACAUCUUCGUAUCCUGCCAACGAGAGAUACUCCAACGCCAAUCCCGAAUACAUCCGACGACAAUAAUAAUAACAAUAAUGUUACUAUUCCUGAUCUAAAUAAUAUAUUAUCCAGUGCCAGAUCAGCAUUCGAACCAAUGGAGUUAUGAGAAUCUUUGGUUAGUACUGUAUAUUUUAUCUCUACGUACAUUGAAAAUAAAAAAGUAUAAAUAUUAUACUCCGAUUUGGAAAAAGGUUUCAAUAAUCUGAUCUACAAGUAAACUACACUGCUGGAAAUUGAAAGCCCAAGUAGUUGUGCUAAAUGAAUUCAGUUGAUCGGAAGGCUCCAAACCCCGGUCUCCUGAUAGCAAUGCCUUCCGAGGACGGAAUUGCUACCAACAACUGUACAUGGUAGAGACGUCUCGAUCCAUUCUUACCGCGAUAUCAAGAAAUGAUAAUCCAUCCUCCCAAAGGCCUAUCAUACGGCCUCGUUCAAAAUGGGUUAAUUGUCGAUAUCCAGUUUGUUGUCACCUUCGAGGCAUUCUACAUAAUUUUAUCACACGAUAUCACAGUCUUUCACAGUGAUAUUAACGCUUAUGAAUAGCUCCACACGUGUCUAAUGGAAAAUUUUAUUCCGCAUUCGUCGUAAUGCUACAAUCGUAUCCUGCAAAUUGUGACCUCUUGCGUGCAUGUAUUAGAUAUCAAUAUAAUAACUUAUAAAUAAACAUUCUGUGUAACUUUCAUUGAUCUAGCACUCUUUCAUGGUGUUGGGAUUUCAAUUUC